AUGUUGAAAUACUUAGUUUUUUUAUUAGGGAUGAUCACGUUGGGGCUUGCGAUCGAGCCGAUCGAAGUCAAGGGUAACGCAUUUUUUGUAAAAGGGUCAGACGAGAGAUUCUAUAUUAGAGGGCUUGACUACCAACCCGGCGGACAGUCGAAUUUAUUUGAUCCGUUAGCUGACAAAGAAACUUGUGAAAGAGACAUCAAGUAUUUCAAGGAUUUGGGAAUCAACACUCUUAGAGUUUACUCAAUUGAUAAUACAGCAGACCACGAUGAUUGUAUGUCAGCAUUAGCAGAUGCAGGGAUCUACGUGAUUAUUGAUGUUAAUAUUCCUUAUGCUUCUAUUGCCAGAGACGAUGCUGAAUGUUCGUACAACACAAUGUACUUGAACGAAGUUUUGGCCAGUGUUAACCACUUGGCUGAAUACGACAAUGUUUUGGGAUUCUUUGCUGGUAACGAGGUUAUUAAUGAUGACAAGUCCACCAGUUCAGCCACAUAUGUGAAGGCUGUUGUCAGAGACAUCAAGACUUUCAUCAAGAACAAGAAGUUGCGCUCUAUCCCCGUGGGCUACUCAGCAGCCGAUGUUGAAGAAAACAGAUUGGAAACUGCACAUUUCUUCAACUGUGGAGAUGACGAAAUGGCUAGAGUUGAUAUGUUUGGUUUCAACGAUUACUCUUGGUGUGGGAAGUCAUCUUAUACCGGAAGUGGUUACGACAAGAAGGUAGAAGAAUAUUCCAACUACUCGAUCCCAUUAUUCUUAUCAGAAUACGGUUGUAAUAAAAUCACCCCAAGACCAUUCACUGAAGUUGAAGCUCUUUACUCAGAACAGAUGACUAAGGUUUUCUCUGGUGGUUUAGUAUACGAAUAUUCUGAAGAAGAAUCCAACUACGGAUUAGUCAAAAUUUCUGAUGACAAUUCCACUAUUACAACUAACGAUGAUUUCGAUAACUUAAAGUCUGAAUUUGAAAAGACCAGUAAUCCAAAGGGUGAUGGUAAGUAUCAAUCUGACUUAGACCAUUCGAAAUGUCCAGCAAUUAACGAUAACUGGAAUGCUACCAGCAAGCUUCCAAGCACACCAAAGGGUGCAUUAAAGUAUGUUAAUGCUAUUGUUGAUCCUGAAGGUAACGGUUUUGAUGCCUCUACUCAAUGGGCUUGUGUUGACGGUGACAACGAUGUCGAUGAUUCUGACGAUUAUAAGAACGGUAAGAAGACUGGUUCAUCAUCAUCUACAAGGUCUUCGUCUGGUUCAUCAUCCUCGGGAUCUGGAUCUGGAUCUGGAUCUUCAAGCUCUUCUUCAAGAGAAUCAGGGGCUAACACUUUAAACUACACAUAUUUGAACGUGCUUGUUGCAUUGGUUGGAUUCCUCAUCUGA